UAUUCAAAAAAAUAUUGUGAAAUAUGCCCAAACCAUACACUUUGCAGAUACGAGGUCCGAGUUCAACAUGCUUAGGGUAUGAUAAAAAAGCAUUACUAACAGAGAAUGAUAUUAAAGCAAUAGUCGAUCAUAUCAAUUAUCGAAGAAAUUUCAUUGCAUUGGGCCAUUCGAAUGUUUUGCCAGGAGCUGCUAACAUGCAAAAGAUUAGCUGGUCUCAAGAAUUAGCAACAUCUGCUCAGCGGUGGGUGGAUCAAUGUGACCAAACGUUACGGCCCGAAAAAGAAGAUCAAUGUCGUGAUUUAGAAAACAUGAAAGUUGGACAAAAUAUUGCCACGAUAUUUGGACCAUCCCCUGGUCUUAAUGUGAAAAGCUUCGUCGAAAUGUGGUUUAUGCAAUCAUUAAACUAUCCCGGAGUAGUUACAUAUUACAAUGAGUCUCGAGACUAUAAAAGUAAUCAAUUUACACAACUUAUUUGGGCCACUACCGAAAUAGUUGGAUGUGGAAAAGCUAAAUUUUACGUUAACAAUAAUAAAAAAACAAUCGCAGUAAGACUCGUUUGUAAUUUCGCCCCACGGGGCAACGUACAUGGAAAACCAGUUUAUAUUAUUGGAUACGCUGCGACGCAAUGCCUAGACGAUAUGGAUCCUGAUAUCAUUUUUCCUGGAUUAUGUCGUCGACCACUACAAACCAAUGAAGUAUUUGGUAAUUCAAAAAAAUUCAAAAGUAGAUUGUUACCAGCGACACCAAUAGCCAAUAGCUUACUUCGGAUUCGCAAUUUAUUUAAUGAUUCUGCAAAGCAAGAAAUUGAUCCCGUUUAUAAUAAUUUAAAGCACAUGAAAAAAUCAUGCAAAAAUGAAACUCCUCAAAGCAACAAAAAAUCAAGCUCUAUUAUUGUGCAGGAUAACACUCUCGAUGCAGUCAAACGCAGCCAUACAUUGGAUAGCGAGAAUUUUUGGAUAAAUCACAGAAAUACUUCCCGAAAUUAUGGAGAUGAUCUCUUCCAUCAGGAUAAAGGACAUUCAAGAGUAUAUCAUGGCCAUGACCAUAGAAAUGAAUUCGAUUCAAUUCAUCCAGAAUCAUUCUUUACAGAUUCUCGAAGAUUUGACUACACUACCCCUCCAUUAAAUUAUCUUAAAGAUCGAGAUUACCGGAAACAUAAUAUAAACAGACAGUGUACUCGUAAUAUAGGAUCUAAGAUUAUAAAAAAUUUUGCUACAGAAUGUAAUCCAUGUAAACAAAAAUUAAAAUGUACGAGAGGACAAAAAAUUAAUCCUCAAACACAUGUCUGCGAUGAUCGCGAAGCUCUCGCCUAUCCUCAAGAUUUUUGUAGAUGUCAUAACUUUCAAAUAACUUGCCCAACUACUAAUCUUUGUAUUCCAAAUACGAACAGUGAAUGUUUUAACUUUAACUAUCCAAUUCAACGCUGUCCAAACAUGCUUAGAACUUUAGAAACUAAAGUCAAAAAUAAUAUGGAAAAGCAAGAAGAAAUACAUUAUUUUGACUUAUUUCCUAAUAGGGGGUUAAGAAAAUAUGAUCCAACUUUGAAACAAGUAAAACUCUUUACUACUGAAAAUAUAAAUAUAUUAGACGAACAAAAUCUAAAACUUCUUAAUAAACAAAAAGACAAUUACCCAAAUUACAGUGAAAUAAAGAGAAGUGUGUCUGAAGAUGAUACAAAAUUUAAACCGUUUUGGCAGAUAGAUGGUUUUACUCACAAAAAAGAACCCCAGCUUAAGUCCAUGAAGUAUACCACAUUAUCAAAUAAGAAAAACAGGAUAUCAAAAAGAACGACUUCAAAGCAAAAACUGAAAACGGAGCACAUAACCUUAAAGCUUAAUUAUGAUCAAAAAGAAAAUAGGAAGCCUGUUUCUGAAAAAUAUUUAUCAUUUGAUGAACUUAUGCAUCUUAGAAAAUUGAACACGGGUAAUUUCAGUGGUCGGCGAUUUCAUGAUAUUAAUUCUGAGGAUGACGAAAGCAAACAAUCUUUAAGAAAAUCGGCCACAUCGGAAACGACAGAAAGUACAUCAGAAUAUACUGCUAAUACGCCAUUUAUUCGUUUGAAGCAUUGUACACGAAAAUUAACGUGUACUUGGACAGCCGCUUCAUUAACUGACAGUGCAGGUAGUGUUAUACCGGGAGGAGCAGGAGGUGCAGCUGGGCAUAUGGGUUCCCGUACACCUCCUGGUUACGUUGAAGGCUGUACGCGUACAUCGACAUGUACUAGAGAUUAUAUGAAUAGAAACAAAAUGGCUAAAUUACCUGUGGAAACUACAAGUUCUGAAUUUGAUUCAGGUGACGAAGAGGACUACUGUGAACGACGUUCUUUAAACCGCCGACAUUCUAAUAAAACUGUUUCCAUUCAAAUAAACGACCUGUAUAAUAAAUCUUAUUCGAGACAAAAUUCUUUCUUUUAUAUUGCUUAA